AUGGAUGUUAUACACAAAUUUCGAACUAGAGCUUCGUACCAUUAUCCGGGAAUAAACUCAGACAUCAAAAAGAGACUCACCCUCGGGUUUUUGCCGAGCAAAAGAACAUGCAACUUGUACAAAAAGAUGGAGAUACAACAAAGAAGUUUAUGUUUCAAGAAGAAUGUCCAAAACAAAACUUGGGAUAGCAAUAGAAUUUCAGCCAUAUUACCAAAGAAAGGCCCCAAAUCCGGGCGAAAUCCGAUGUCUCCAGCAGAGACAGUAGAUCACUUCUACACAUGUAUCAAUGAGAAAGAGCUGCAACAAUUGGAUGAAUGCAUAUCUAAAGAUGCCUGCUUUUAUGACUAUACCUUCAUCAAUCCAUUUCAAGGAAAGAAGGAAGUGAUGCAUUUCUUACAGCAGCUUACUGCUGGUAUGGGCCAGAAUGUAAAAUUCAGAGUGAGAAACAUAUGCGAGGGAGAUGAUUCAACUGUUGCGGCAAAAUGGCACCUGGAAUGGAAGAAGGAACAAAUCCCAUUCACCAGAGGCUGCAGUUUCUUCCAGUUAGCAAAAGUAGAAGAAAACAUGACAAUUAGGAAAGCUGAGAUAUUUAUUGAAUCAGUAGUCAAACCUGGAAGCAUAGUUUUGACUAUGUUAAAGACUGUGACCUCGUUGUUUGAUGACUUUCCAAAAGCAACAGAAUGGUUCUUAAGAAGACCUCAUUCAAUACUAAUAUGGAUGUUGAAAAUUUACAAUAUAUUUGUAGCACCUUUCCUCAAUCCAAUACUAGAUGGCUACAUAAAGCUAUGGAGCUUCAUGAUACGAUUGAUCAGUUAUGCAUUCAGUGUUGCUAUGUUUAUUUCUAAGAAUAUAUUCAAGUAG